GGUUGAGAACCGCUGCUUUAAGUGAUCGCUCGAUCUACUAGAAAUAGCAGCAAAACUGCACCCGUCCACUCAAAACACACGUUGCAUUUUAAAUAAAAAGUGAAUUCGAUAGUGUAGUCCUAAACAGAUGGGCUGGAUGAUCAUAUUUGGAACACCUUUGAUCAGAGUACUACUCUAUCAGGGCUGGCCUAGGGUUAAACAUCAAUAAGAACCAGAGCAAUCAGUGCGUUGAAUAAAUAUUAACCAAUGACAGUUUUGCUCGUGAUAUUCCUCGGUCCGUUUCUUGACGGUGCUCAAGAAAUAAAAUCUCCAUUGAUACUCUUAGUAUUCAUUGUAAUUGUAGAAUUCGAUUUAAUGUGUCUGUUGGGUUAGAAUUUUGAAAAGAAAUCAAUGGCAGGUGUAAUCGUUCAGUAUAUUGUCGUCCGUAAGGAUUUAAUAGAGAAGUUGUCGUGGCCCUUAGGAGCGGUGAUCGCUCAAGCGUGCCAUGCUUGCUCAGCUGUUUUACAUCAACACCAAGACGAUGCCGGUUGCAAACAAUAUUUGGAGAAGAUCGAUAGCAUGCACAAAGUGGUUCUAGAGAUUCCCAAUGAAGAAAAGCUGCAUCAACUUUCAUCUACCCUUCUCUCUAAUAAUAUCGAUCACAAACUCUGGAUUGAACAACCUGAAAAUAUAGCUACCUGCCUGGCCACGAAACCCGACCAGAAAGAAACAAUACAAAAGUAUUUCAAAAACUUGAAACUGUUUAAAUAGUCAAAAAAAAAAGACAUGUUAACUACUUACAUAAAUAAAGAAGAAAAGUUUGUAUUUUAA